AUGUGCGACAGGUCGGACACAUCCCAGAGCAGCCGGCAGCUCAUCCCCCGCUGUCCGUUAGGUGGCAGGCGGGGUUUCCUGUGCUUGACUACGAGGAGCGACGUCUCGAACCAGCGCUACCGGGCCGAGCUGGAGGCCGUGCUGGAUGGCCUGGAGCAGCAGGGCGCCUGCCAGAAGAUCCUGGCGCAGGAAGUGGAGCGGUGGGAGAGGGCCGUGUCCGAGGAGGAGAGCACCCAGGGCACAGGCUACAUCUCUGGGGUGGUCUAUGUUUAUCGGAAGUGCCCAGUCCCGCCUCUGGAGGAGGAUUAAGGGCACGGGAUGGAUCUGG